AUUUAUUGAAAAAAUAUAGAAAAAAUGUGCCUCACAGCAGUGGCAGAUAUUUUAUGUUGUACAGGAAUGGCAUGUUGUAAGACUCUAUGUUGUUGUUGCAAAAGUUGUUGUGGUUCUACAUUUAAAGAAUAGAUAAAGUUGGCUUACAUAUUACUAAAUUAUGUCACAAUAUUUGUUACAAUGAUAUUUUGUUAUUUUCUCUAAGGUUUGUUCGAUAACUAUUUAAAAUUUAUUGAAUGUCCAGUAGAUUAGAAUUCCUAAUGUUUAGGAGUUUCAAGCAUUUAUCGUAUAUGUUUUGUUAUGAUGUGGAUGUAUAUAUUUUUAAUGAUCUUUAUGUUAAUAAGAGGGGAGAUAGCAAAAAUUGCAAAUGAAGGUUUAUGGCCUAUUAAAUUUUUGUAAUUUUGAAUUUAUAAUAUAGGUUCAUUGCUCUUUUCUUUUUUGGAAGUCUAUUUAUAUCGAAUGAAUUUUUUUAAGGAUAUGUGUAUUUUUCAAUAGUUAUAAGUGGACUAUUCAUGGUUUUUUAAAUUAUUAUGCUAAUAGAUGUAUUUUAUCUUUGGGGUUAAUGUUGGAUAAAAAUAUAUGAUGAUGGAGGAGAAUAUAUGAAAUAUAUAUUGAUUAUAACAACAAUAGUUUUAUAUGGAGGGGCAUUAACAUUGAAUGUUUUUAAUUUUAUGUGGUUCUCUGGAUGUGGAGCAAACAUUUUUAUGAAUAUAUUUACAAUAAUUUUGAUUGUUGGAGCAACUGGUGUUUAAUUAUUAGGAUGGAAUCCAUAAGGAUCAUUACUUACUUCUGGAGCUAUGGCUAUUUAUAUUGUAUUUCAAGCUUAUUAAGCUUAAUCAUCUUGGCCUGAUAAUGAAUGCAAUUCCUUAUCAAAAUCUUAAGGCACCAGAAUUGUCGAAAUAGUUGUAGGCGUUUUAUUAACAAUUGUCUCUCUACUAUAUUUGACCUUUGGAACAUCUAAUUCAUCAGCAACUAAUAUUGUAUAGCUAGAAUCAAAAAAUGAAAAACUAGAAAGUCAAUAAAGAGAAUCAAAUCAAGAUGAAGAACAAUAAUAGUUAUUAUAAAAUUAAUAAAAAUUAGAAGAAGCUUAAGCAAUAGUAAAAGAAGCAGAAAUGUAGCCAUAUAAAACUAAUCAAUAUUUACUCUUUCAUUUUAUCAUGUUCAUCACUAUUAUUUACAUGAUGAUUUUAUUGACUAAUUGGAGUUAACCAGAUUUCAAUGAAACCUCUUUUCAAGCAUAUUAGCCAAACAAAUUAGCAUAUUGGGUAUUUAAUUAGCUUAAUUAUUUAGGUCAAAAUGGUCACUUCUUGGUUAGCUGCUCUUCUUUAUAUUUGGACUUUAAUUGCUCCUCAUAUAUUCCCAGAUAGAGAUUUCAGUUGAUUUUAACAUAUAAAGAUUUUAUAUCAAUU